AUGCCCCUCUACCCGGCCCAGGAACCGUCGCUGGACGACUUUCCCAGGCAGCCGCCGCUCGACAGCCUGCCCGACGAGCAGCCCCGCGGCGGUCUGGCGCCCUGGCGCAAGGUGGCGCUCAAGGACGAUCCCAUCCUGCAGCCUGCCUCGUCCUCCGACGCCAGCGAUGCGCGCGACUUUGAGCGGCACGCCUCGCCCAUCGUGUUUGGGUGCGGCGUCUUCGGCCACGACAUGUACAACACCCAGUCGACGCUCUCGUCCUCCAUCCCGCUCCAGACGGUCCGCCUGGCGCUGCGCUACGGCAUCAACUCCUUCGACACCUCGCCCUACUACUUCCCCUCGGAGUUUAUCCUGGGCAACAUCCUCGAGCGCCUCAAGCCCGAGUUCCCACGCGAGAGCUACUUUAUCACGACAAAGUGCGGACGCUACGGUCCGGACCGGCAGCACUUUGACUACUCGGCGGAGCGAGUCGAAAGCUCCAUACGGGGAAGCUGCGACCGGAUCCGGUGCGGAUACCUCGAUGUCGGGCUGAUGCACGACGUCGAGUUCGUGGCCGAGCACGUCGGGCCCAGCAACGAGGCCGGGUGGGAGGCGGGCAUCAUUUCGGGCCUGGUCGACGGCGCAGCGGCCAAUACGACGACGACGACGACGGCCAAGGAGCAAGCGCUCGACUCGCUCGGCCUGGCAAACACGCCCGAGGCGGCGAGCAGGAUCCAUGGCCCCGGCGACGAAAAGAUCCUCGAGGCGGUGCGGACGCUGUUCAAGCUCAAGGACCAAGGGGUCGUCAGGCGCGUGGGCAUCUCGGGCUACCCGCUGGCGGUGCUGCUGCGCCUAUCGAGGCUGGUGGCGAGCCACGCCCCCUUCCGCCCGCUCGACGUGGUGCUAAGCUACUCGAACCACUGCCUCCACUCGGACGUCCUCGUCGGGUGGCGCGAGCUGUUUGAGGCGUGUCCCGCCGGCGUGGAUGCCGAGGCGUGGACGCCGCCGACGGUGCUCAACGGAUCGCCGUUCAGCAUGGGCCUGCUCGUCGAUGGACCCCCGCCCGCCUGGCACCCAGCCAGCGAGGAGCUCAAGCAGGCGUGCCGAGACGCCUCGGCUUCGUUGAGGGAGCGAGGCGAGAGCCUGGCCAACACGGCGCUCCUGUACGGCCUGCGUGGGUCAGAGCUGGUGGGCGGCGAGGCGGCAUCGGCAGCGGCAGAAGCUCCACAACCGCAGCUGCGCACGCUCGUGGGGCUGAGCACGCCCGAGCACGUCCACUCGGUAGUCGAGGGCUACCGCGUCCUCUGCUCGCGCGACCAGGACGGCGACGACGAAGGCAAUGCGGUGCCACAGCCAGGUCGAGGUCGACUGCUGUGCCAGCUCGACGACGGGGAAAAGCAGCGGCGCGCCGGAGCCUACCGGAAGCAGGUGGCGGCCGAGACCGAGGUGCGGCGGCUGUUCCAGCAGAGGGGCGUGCGCGAGUGGUCGUGGUCGAGCGGGCUGUGA